AUAUUAAAGUAACUGGCUGGUUCAAGGUAUUAAAGAGGUUAAACAGCCAGGAACAAUAACUAAUGCAGACUUAAACACAUGUCCAAGCAAAGUAAUACGAACACUCAUGGAACCGUCCCCAAGGGACCUGCUUCCAGACAAGGUCAAAUGGACACUGUCUCCAAAAAUAAACAAAUUUUAUUUAGCCUCUCUCCCGACGACAAUUGUUCUGAUGAAGUUCCAUGUCCGGAUGCAGUCCCGCAACUGUCUCCUGGAGUUGUUCAACGUUUCCGCAAUUGUGUGAUUCAAAAACUGCACAAACAGUGCGCCAGGUCCCUCGCAGGCAGUUGGUCUGUCCCUGAGAAUGUUGACAUUCAAGAGUUACGCUCCUGCGGUCUCAGCAAUUAUCUGUUCUCAGCUUGUUUGAGAGAUCACGUUCCAGUGAUAGCUGGUGAACCCCGGAAGGUUUUGAUUCGCGUAUAUGGUGAGGUGCUGCGGAGUAGCGUCGACUCGAUCGUAUUGGAUUCCGUCAAUUUCGCCAUUUUGUCCGAGAAACGUAUUGGCCCCUCUCUCUACGGAGUUUUUCCCGGUGGACGCAUAGAGGAAUUCAUUGAGUCGAGACCUUUGUUGGCGUCCGAACUGUCCAUUCCGAAAGUUAUGGAGGCCAUAGCUCGUCACACCGCUCGGAUUCAUCGACUUAAUAUGCCAUUUUGCAAACAACCCACGUUUCUACUCAAGAUGAUGGAGAAAUUUUUGGCCCAGUUGACCGGUGCGCGGGAACCUCCAAGCCGCCCUACUCCCAAUUUAUCGAAAACCUCUCUGGCUGAACUUCAAGUAGAAUACGACCGACAUGUUACGGAAUCUAAUGUAGGAGAAUGGGUGACUGUGGGCUUUCUGGAGACACAACAAAUGGCGUUGCAGUUCAGGCUGUGUGAGGAAUUCGCCUGGUUGAAGGCUAAAUUCCAGGAAUCGCCAAAGGACAUGUUUCCCGUCGUAUUCUGUCAUAACGACCUCCAAGAAAACAACAUCCUUGUUUUAGACAAGCCGGGGGAAGAAGGCACCUACGAGUUGUUGCCCAUAGACUUCGAAUAUGCUGGUUACAAUUAUCGGGCUUUUGAUGUGGGAAAUCAUUUCAACGAAUGGUGUUAUGAUUAUGCCAUACAAGACCCACCUUACUACACCUAUAAUUAUGAUCUCUAUCCUUCUCGGGAGCAACAAGCGUUCUUUUGGACUGCAUAUUUCAAUGCUGACUGCGUUGAACGAAACAGUUCGGGUGACUGUGGUUCCCCAGACACUACAAAUGACCAUACAAGUCAGUUGAAUGGCGAACAUGACUUUGACAAGCUGUGGAUUGAAACGGCCUACGGCUCGUUGUAUUCACACUUGUUUUGGGCCGCCUGGUCCUUGGUGCAAUCCCAAAUAUCCAGCAUCCGUUUUCGCUUCAACGAAUACGCUGCUUCCCGAAUGGAUGCUUACCACCGACUGAAGAAGCUGGUGGACUGCGAUUGAACUGCAUGAUUCCUUCCGUCCUUUUUCACAUGUCAACAGACUCCCAAAUCUCGGGUACACCGAUCCAACCACUUGUG